AAAAAGUACAUGAGAUUGCAAGUGAAGAAUCUCUAGUUUGCAUAAGACAAGAUAGGUUCUUUUUCUUUUAUAAAAGGUAUGGUCUCUUAGAAAAUAUAUAAAUAGGGCAUUGCCCUCCAAGAACUUCUUCACAUCGGUAGAAUUACAAACCUCGUAGCUUUCUUACGUACAUCGGAACCGAACCGAAACAUCUCGACUUACAAACCAUGCCAAGAGAUCGUGACCCUCUAAUCGUCGGGAGAGUCAUCGGCGACGUCGUCGACUCAUUCUCGAGAUCCAUUUCAAUUAGGGUUACUUACUCCACCAAGGAAGUUAACAAUGGGUGUGAGCUCAAACCCUCUCAAGUUGUAAACCAGCCAAGAGUUGAGAUUGGUGGCACUGAUCUUCGCACCUUUUUCACUUUGGUUAUGGUGGAUCCUGAUGCUCCUAGCCCUAGUGAUCCUAAUCAGGAAUACUUGCAUUGGUUGGUGACUGAUAUUCCAGCUACAACAGGGGCAACCUUCGGGCAAGAGAUAGUGUGCUAUGAGAGUCCAAGACCAACGGUGGGGAUCCAUCGUUUUGUGCUGGUUUUGUUUAGACAACUUGGAAGACAAACAGUGUAUGCUCCUGGUUGGCGCCAAAACUUCAAUACAAGAGACUUUGCAGAGCUUUACAAUCUUGGUUUGCCAGUUGCCGCUGUUUAUUUCAAUUGCCAAAGGGAAAGUGGUUCUGGUGGAAGAAGAAGAGUCCAAGAUGAUUAUUAACUAAACUAAUUAAAAACCCCACUUCACUUAUUUUUCACAUAUUAUUAUUAUUAUUACUAAAUAUAUAUAUAGUUAUAUAUAUAUAUAUAUUGAUAAUGUGGGUUUAUGUUUUGAUUCCUAUAUAUAUGCUUCUAGAGAAAUAGUUUAUGAUCCAUAUGGAGGGGUAAUAAGGGCAAAAAUGCAUUGUUGUUGUUUAUUGUCCUUGUACUAUAUAUAUAUUGUAAUAAGGUCAGUUGAUAUAUUAAUAAUGAAUAGUUUUUGUUCUUUUGGGCUCAAA